AUAAAAUAUAUAUCAAAGUUUAUUCUGGAGCACGGGCAGCACAGCGCAGCCAGGUUACACAACAGACCUGCUGUCACACCAGCGGAGGCGCAGCACAUUCGGGCGUCAGAGAAAUCACCCACCCCAGCCCAGACCCGGGCCUGGGGCUUUCAAUUUAAAUAAAUAAAUAAAUAAACAAAUAAAUAAAUAGCAGGGAGUCCGUGAAAUCUCCCCCCCACCCCCACCCCAGCCCAGCCCAAGCCCGGGGUUUUGGUUUUUUAAAUUUAAAUAAAUUAAUUAAUAAAUAGCAGGAGGUCAGUGAAAUUUCCCACCCCCACCCCCGCCCAAGCCCGGGGUUUUGGUUUUUUAAAUUUAAAUAAAGAAAUAACAGGGGGUCAGUGAAAUCUCCCCCCACCCCUGCCCAAGCCCGGGGUUUUGGUAUUUUAAAUUUAAAUAAAGAAAUAGCGGAGGGACUUAGUUUUUCCGCGGGAUUCAUGCAGCUUCUGGGGAGCGCCACUGCGGCAGCUUGGCACGGCAGAGCGGGACGGUCACCCUGGGCUGGCGGCGGGGACGGAGCAGGAGCGGGAUGGGGACCUCGCCAGCCGAACCGCGGCGACUCCCGGCGGGGACGGGCCGGUUCCGUGCGCUCCGAGCCGGUUCCGUGCGCUCCGAGCCGGUUCCGUGCGCGCCGAGCGUCCGUCCUGAGGCCGGCUCAGGCUGGGGGACAGCGACGGGGACAGCGACACCAGGGCCCUGCACGGGCUUUCAGUCCGGAGAGAGAUCCUUCAUCCCGGACAGAGAUCCUUCAUCCCGGAGCGGGAUCCUUCAUCCCGCAGGGGGAUCCUUCAUCCCGCAGGGGGAUCCUUCAUCCCGAGCCCAUCUCCGCCUCCUCGUGCCUUCCUGCCAGCCCGCAGCCACGGCUCUGCCCCCAGGUGACAUUGGGUGUCCCCAAGGACGCUGCUGGAAGCGCCGGGAGCCUUCGGUGUCCCCGCGCGGCUGGGUCAGUCACGGAGCAGUCCCGGGCUCCGCUCGCUGCGGGUGAGCGGUGCCGGCCGAUCCCGAGCCCCGGGCCCGUCCCGCUCUGUCCCGAGCCCCCCCGGGGGGCUGGAGCUGCGGUGGCCCCGAGCCCCUCGACCCUCCGCCGAGGCUUGCAGGGGCACGCCGGGGCUGCCCGUGCGAGUCACAGUCCCAGCAGUGUCCCAAGGGCUGGGGUCCCCUCCCGGGGGCCGAGGGGCCCAGGCGGGGAAGGGGCCCUGCCCCAGAACCUGCUGCCUUCAGAGCGGGCUGGGGGUGCUGGCGGCAGCUUUCUCCAUAAACACCCCCAAACCUGGCAAGAUCCCCCAGGGAUCCCAGACUCCGAAGGGUCUCCCAGGCCCGGGGAGGUUCCCAGAACCUGCUGGGUCCCCCAGUAUCACUGUGUCCCCCCAGUCUGCUGGUUCACUGCACACCCCGGACCCUGACCCCGCAGGGCACCACAACCCCCAGGGAUGCUGUCCCCACCAAAUCCCGCAGGGCACCCCAAGGUCCCCAGACCCUGCUGGGUCCCCUGGAGUGCCCGAAUACCACAAGGUCCUCCAUGGAACCCCAAAUACCUCAAAGUCUUCCCCCAUCAGACCCCUCGGGCCACUGCUGGGGUCCCAGACCCUGCUGGGUACCCCCACCCCACAGAGUCCCCAGGACCCUGCAGCAUCUCCCUGGCACCCUCAAGGAUGCUUAAGCCCUCCCAGCCCACUGGGUCCCAUCCCAGUGGAUCCCUCAGACCACCUCCAAGACAUGGCCCCAGACCUCCCCCACCCUGCAGGAUCCCUCUGGGACCCCCAAAUCCAUUGGGAUCCAGCCCAUUGGAUUGCCCAGACCCUGCUGGGUCUCCCCACCCCAUAGGGUCCCCCGGACCCUUCACACUCGGCAGAAUUCAGCUAUAACCCUCCAACCCACCAGUUCCAAACCAACCAGACAUCUCUAAAGGAGCCCAGACCCCACUGGGUUACCCCACACCAGGUGGUCCCCCAGAUCCUGCAGGGUCCCCUUGGCCCCUCACACUCACCAAGGUGCCUCCGACCCCAGGACUCCCCAACCCACCAGGUCCCAUCCCUUCAGACUCCCCAGGACUCCCUGAACGACCCCAGGCCCUACAGGACCCCCACAGCACUGGCUCCCUCAGUGAGCCCACCAAGGUGUCCUUUCAGAGCCCCCAAACCCCCUGGAUCCCCAAGAU